CUGUGUCCAAACUCUAGAAGGUCACACACACAAUGUUUCUGCUGUAUGUUUCCAUCCUGAGCUUCCAAUAAUAAUGACAGGUUCAGAAGAUGGUACUGUCCGUAUAUGGCAUUCAACCACUUACAGACUUGAGAACACCUUGAACUAUGGACUUGAAAGGGUUUGGGCUGUUGGAUACAUGAAAGGUUCACGUCGGAUUGUUAUUGGCUAUGAUGAAGGAACCAUAAUGGUGAAAAUUGGACGUGAAGAGCCUGUAGCCAGCAUGGACAAUAGUGGAAAAAUUAUAUGGGCUAAACAUAAUGAAAUUCAAACUAUUAACAUCAAGAGUGUGGGAGCUGAUCAUGAGGUUUGGACUUUAAAGCCCAUAUACAUGUUAUGUUAUGUUAACAAUGAAAUGGGAAAAAAAAUCUAUUUUUUAUUCAGGUUUCUGAUGGAGAGAGGCUGCCUUUAG